UGCUGCCACCGCCUAUCCUCGACGUCAUAUCCGCCGGCCCCGGCCACUGACGUGAAAGUGGUUGCAAACAGGCGGCUGUGUGGACAGACUCCGACCGUGGGCGGGGUCCUUAUCAUUGCAGCUCCUAACGGUCACUGAGCAGCUCGAGCGUGGGUACGCGAGACCCAGGCUUCAGGCCUAGCCCUCUCCCGCCUCGCCACCAACCACCCUUCGCCUCCCUCUUCCCACCCUCACUCCCUUUCACCUACGUCCGAGAGCCGCCGCUCGGAGAUGGUCUCCGGCUGAUAAUGGGCGGCAGCAGUUCCAAAGGCCGCACCUUUUGGCCCUUCGGGUCGGGCGCCGUCAGCGACUCGGCGAACGGCGUCGGCGAGCAGAGCCUGGCACGGUACAAAGGCGGCCGGCUCGGGGCUACUCCUUUCGUCUUCAGCCGCCGAAGCUCGAUGUAUUAUGAUGAAGAUGGUGAUUUGGCUCAUGAAUUCUAUGAAGAAACAUUUGUCACAAAGAAUGGAAGGAAAAAGGCUAAACUGAAAAGAAUUCAUAAAAAUUUAAUACCUCAGGGGAUGGUUAAACUGGACCAUCCACGAAUCCAUGUUGAUUUCCCAGUGGUUUUAUGUGAGGUGUGACUGAAAUGCAAGUUUUCAUCAGAUUAAGACUUGUGCACUAUAGAUGACUGCCAGAUGCUGAAUUCUCCUUGGACCUUCAUUUCAGUGGUGGAGACUGGCCCAGUGAGCACAAGGCAUCUGUUUCAUUUGCGUGUAGUUUUUUUCUGCUACAGGCCAAACUCUCAAACAUUUCCCUUCUAUGAAUAUCAAUAGAGUAAUCUGAGAUUAUCCUAAUUCAAUUAAAUCUAGUCACAGUACAGAUAUACACUAAGAACUUUUGUGCUGUUUCAAGUAAUUGUGCUAGAUGACUAAGACUGGUACUCGAACAGUGUAAAUAGCUUUAAUUUAAUGCAGUCAUCAGGGAUAUUUAAACAUUGAGUCUGUAUAUAUGCAUCUGCACAGUGUUCAGCAGUAAAUAUAAUGACAUAUCCAUGAAAGUUGAUUAGUUACAAAGUUUGUUAUUUAUCAAUGACUUUUUUUUGUUCGAGAAUGUUUUAAUUUUCUCAUUGUGUAAUAAAAUUCCCAGCGAGUCUCUUGAAA